UCCCAUUCAUUUCCCAUAUCUCACUCCAACUAACACUCCAAGCUUCCCUUAACCUACGCACCACUUCUUAACCUGCGCACCUCUCUGGCUAACGUGCACCAUGAGCUUACUUGACCAGCUCUGGGACGACACCGUCGCCGGACCCCGGCCGGAGACCGGCCUCGGCAAGCUCCGGAAACAAUCGACGUUUGGGUCCCGCUCAAAUACCUCCGGCAAGGAGUUGACGGAAGGAAGCGGGAGAUCAGGCGGCGAAAAUGCGAGCGUAGAAGCGGUGAAAGUGACGAGGAGUAUAAUGAUUGUGAAGCCGCCGAGUACAAGUCAAGGAGAUCAAACCGGGACCCCACCAGCAUCGCCGGCGGGAUCCACACCUCCGGUGUCUCCACUUUCCGUGAAUGAUUUUCAGGGGGAGGGGCAUUUCGGUUUCGGAGAAGGUCUACGUCGGAUGCGUACGAGAAGACAAGCGGCGGGGCUGGAUCAAGGAGCCCUCGUCCUCCUCAUGACAUGUGAGAUGUGAAUCAUCAGACCAAGAUCUCCAAGAGUCCGGAACUCAGGGUUUUGUUUUUGUUGCAUAAUUUUGAUCGAGCACUUUGUUGGUGUUUGAGAGUGUGGUCAUGUGCUAGGUAGUAUGUUCCACAUUUAGGAGAUUGGGUGUUUUGGUUGUGUUUUGUAAAUAUGAUGCAUCUGUGCGUAGUAACAAGUAUCAUCAUCUGUCUCAUAUCCGUGAGUUCUUUGUAAUGACUGGCGUCAUUCUGUAUGUAAAUGCGUUUUGUUCUAUUUUUGCCUUGCUUCA